AUGCCAACGCAGCACACUGCUUGCCAUGAUCCUAACUACAACGCUCUACUAACUAGUAGUAACGCACUUAUGGAUCAAUCACAAGAAGACGUUGAAGCAAGGCACAUGCAUGUUCAGCAGCUAACACAACAUAGUGCGCAACAUGCUGUACAUGCAUCCAUUGAAGUAGGUAGUCUUGGUCAGCAACAGCAUGUCAUGCAAACACAGCUUCAAUCUACACCUGUGUUUACAUUCACAACACAUCCACCACCCACAUGCAUGUUAGACACAACAUACUCCACUCACACAAACGCUCCCAGCAAAAUUAAUGUUGCAAAGCACGAUAUGGAACGAUAUUUUGGAGCAUCUCAAGUUCUAGCUGCACGUUUAUUGGGAGUGAGUGUUUCAACUCUAAAGAGGAGAUUCAAAGAGUCUUACGAAGGACAACACAGAUGGCCAUAUCACAAGUUAACCAAUUUAGAAAAACGGCGGUCUUUGUGGUUUUAUAUGAAUGAUGAAGAAGAUGAUGAGAAAUUUAUUUCACCUCAAUGUGAGCAGGUAUUAGAAAAAGCGUUUGUAAAUUGCACACUCCCUAUUGAACACUAUUUUCCAGAAUUAAAACCAAAACCAAAAAAGAAAGACAUUACAUUCUUGAAUUACAUUCCUCAACAUGAUCUAGAUGCAUCAGAAUCAUUAACAAGAGAGCCAUUCAUCUCCUAUCAACAGCAACACAAGCCCCGUCUAAAGGGUGGAUCCAAACAAUUAUACCAAGUUGUAGAAGACCCUUCAAGUAGCAAUAAUUUGAAAUGA